UGAAGCAGACAAAUCUGUCUGCGAAUUAGACUAUUUUUUAUUUAAUAUUCAUGAAGCGUUGUUUGCAGGUUGCAGCGGUAUGAUCCAAGGCUGCAGCAGACUAACUAUGGACCGCUUUUACAAGGGUAUACUAUACGGCCGACUGCUCUUACUAUUCACACCCUUAACAUUCCAAUUUCGUUUCUUCUACCUCUUAAAUUUUUUUUACACAGCGGUCAUUUUCAAUAUAUUUUUUUCCCUCUAUUUGAAAUUUUAGCCCAAUUAAAGAAGAGGGAAAAAACCCUUUCAGAUUCCCACACUACUCCUUAACUUUUGGUUUUCUCAUCUUCUCUAUUCAAUUUCCCAAAUUUUCUUAAAGUUGCUCCAUUGCUCUCCAGAUUGAGCUUCUUUGGUUGUUUUCAAAUUCUUCUUCUGCAUCGAUUUUGUUAUUCAGACUCUCUAUUGUUCCUCAAAUUUCGAACCUUUUUCACCUUUACUUUCCCCGUUGUUAUGGCUAUCAAGGGUGAGAAACAAUCAAGGCGCACCACCAAUCCCGGUGUACGAGUCAUCGGAGGAAGGAUCUAUGAUUCAAGUAAUGGCAAAACCUGUCACCAGUGUCGACAGAAGACGAUGGACUUUGUUGCAUCGUGCAAGGGCAUGAAGAAGGACAAGCAAUGUACCAUUAAUUUUUGUCAUAAGUGUUUAAUAAACAGGUAUGGUGAGAAUGCAGAAGAAGUAGCAAAGCUGGAAGGUUGGAUAUGUCCUCAGUGCAGAGGCAUCUGCAAUUGCAGUUUUUGCAGGAAGAAACGAGGGCUAAAUCCCACUGGGAUAUUGACACACAAAGCUAAAGCCAGUGGAUUAGCUUCAGUCUCUGAGCUUCUUGAAGCUGAGGGGCCUGAUAACUUUGCUUAUCAGAAGAAGCCAAAACUGGAUGUUGCUUCUAUGGAAGACAGUAGUGACAACAGUGACUCUGUUCUUGAGAAAGAUACUAAAGGAGCUGAUAUUACCAAGGAGAAGAAGAAAGUGGUAGGCAAGAGCACUAAAGCACUAGAAGAGGAGAUACAAUUUGAGGCUCAACUUCCUCAGGGUAUAAGCUUGACUUCUGUGUCAGGCAUUGUUAUACCAACUGAAGAAGCUGGAAAUGUAUUCCAGCUUUUUGAGUUUUGCUCAGCCUUUGGAAAGGCUCUUGAUUUGAUGGAAGGACAAGCUGAAACUGUUGUCCGUGAACUUUUCAUAUCUGGGCGUAACUCAAGGAGACAACAAUACUGUUCUAUUAUCCCGAUGAUGAUCCAAUUGUUGGAUUUAAUUUCACAGGAUAGAGAGAUGUCUUUGUCUCUAAGUGAGACUGACAGCAGUUGGUUCACUGCUAUUGGAGAGAUCCUAUUGCAGUCAGAAGUUUCAAGCGAUGAGUUCCCACCUGAAACUUUUGUAGCGGGUAUUGCUGAGUACGAGAAGAUGAAUGCAUCAAGAAGGCUCAAGCUUCUCAAUUUCUUAUGUGAUGAAUCACUUAGCACAUUGGCAAUGAGGAAUUGCAUUAACAACCAGAAUGCAGAGUGGAAAGCAAAGGACAAAGAAGCUAAACAAAGGGCUGCAGCUGCAAAGGAAAAGGAGAAGCAGUUCAAACUGAAGAUGCAAGAUGAUGUUGCCAAAUCCAUUAUGGAGAAAAACAGAGCUCCUUUGUCCAUUGAAGAGCAUAACUUAAUUAUGUCUCAAAUUAGAGCUGAAGCUAAAAAGGCUCAUGAAGAAAUGGUGGAGGCAAAGGGCAUGACAUCUGGAACAAUGCUUAUAUGUGAUGCACGUAGAACUGAACCAAUCAUGUUGGAAGAAAAUGGUCUUGUUCUCUGGAAACUGAAGUGCUAUGAAGAAGAACCAAAUAUUUUGCUUCAAGAUCUAGGAACAUUUGACAGUUUAUGUCCAAAUGAAAAAUGGUUAGCUUUUAAGCCUGAGCAGAAACCAGAGAUAGAGAACUAUAUCUCUUACAAGAGGAGGAAACUGAUUCAAGCACAGAAGAGCGCAAAUGAGGAAAAGAAUGCCAAUGCGGGUGCAUAAGAAUCAGCACCAAGUCAGUCCCAACUCAAAGCUCAGCAUUUCUGAACAACCUUGAAACUUUAUUUUUUCUUUCUAUUGUAUAAGAAAAGUGGAGUAUGAGAAUAGGCCAUUAACUCAUUUCCUAUUCUCUCUUUUGAUUCUUCUUUUUUUGUCUCCUCUGGUUCAGUUCAGUUUAGUUACAUUGGUAUCGAUUAAUUGUAACUGGUCUAGUUUUUUGGUCUAAUGGAAACUGAUGGAGGAUGAUAUGCUA